AUGCAAUCGAUAUUCAUGAUCGUACAGGCUCAAAAGCGCAUAGAAAGGAAUAUUAUACAUCGAAAAAAUAGUAGACUGUCUGCUUUUGACAAUAUACGAAACUUGCCCAAAUGUGAAGUGCCCGACCCCGUGUCUGAGAGUCAGAAAGAGGUGGAACACAAAAGAAUGCAGUUGGAGAAAUGGAAAGAAGAAAAGGGGGAAAAAAGAAAGAAGCUGCUGCACAAUGAAAAACUUUUUGUUGCUGGUAUUGUGCACCCCCCAUUAAAAUAUGUUCCACCACCUCUACCUAGACCAAUGCCUAGUACAUCAGGAAGAGUUUCUCAUUCUAUUAGAUCAAAUUGUCAAAUUACACAGAAAAAUUCCAAAUGCUCAAAAUCAACCAAACCUUUACAUUCAUUUAAAAUGCAAAAUAACCUACAUAGUUGA